GCGUGUGUCUGAUGGGGCGUGGCUUCUCUUACCUGGUGGGAUCGCUGCUAGACAGGUGGCGGGUGAUUGGCAGAUCAUCGGCAGGUGAGCAGAAACCUGCCUGAAAGGGGCGGAGCCUGUAGUAAAAACUCCGCAGGUGCAGCUGGUGGCUUCACCAGCCUCAGACAGUUUCUCUAGGAUCCAGGUCUCCCGUUUGAAGUCGAAAUGGCCAUGUUCAAAAAAUUCUUCAACAACAUCAUCCACACGAAAGACUCCGACAACAAGAAGGUCCCGGAGCCCGUGAAGGAAAAGCCCAAACCAAAGUAUUAUGGGACAGUCACGCCUCAUCCGGACUUUGAUGCCAGCAAAGAUGCCGGGGUUCUUCGGAGCGCCAUCCAAAGCAAAGGAGUGGAUGAAGAUGUGAUCGUUGCUGUUUUGGCGAAACGAAACAAUGAGCAGAGGCAGAAGAUCAAAACGGUUUAUGAGGCAUCUGUGGGGAAGAAGCUGGAACAGAGCCUGAAGGACGUUCUCAGAUCACAUUUGGAAGAUGCGUGUCUGGCUCUGCUCAUGCCACCGGCAAAUUAUGAUGCCCAUCUGCUCAGGAAAGCCACAAAGGGCCUGGGAACAGAUGAGAAUGUCCUGGUGGAGAUUCUAGCAACAAGGUCAAACCGAGAGAUUGAGAACAUCAAAAGAGUCUUCAAAGAAGAGUACAAGACCGAGCUGGAGGAGGUCAUCAAGGAUGAGACAAGCGGCGACUUCACCAAGGCCCUCCUUGCCAUGUUGAGCGCCAAGAAGGAUGAGGGCGAGAAGGUGGACUUGGAGCUGGCCCAGAAGGACGCAAAGAUUCUUUUUGAAGCAAGCGGUAAUUCUAAGAUCAACGUUUCUACCUUUAUUGAAAUCCUGACUUCCAGGAGCGGCCCACAGCUCAAAAAAACGUUCCAGCAUUACGCUAGCGUCAGUGACACCUCGCUGCCCAAAGCCCUGGAGCUGCAGCUCAAAGGAGACAUCGAAGACUGCCUCAUCGACAUCGUGAAAUGUGCCUGGAACACGCCGGCUUUCUUUGCUGAGAAGCUCCAUAACUCCAUGAAGGGCAGCGGCACGCGGGAUAACACUUUGAUCAGGAUUCUGGUGAGCCGCUCCGAAGUGGACCUGAAGAAGAUCAUUGAGGAGUACAAGGCCAUGUUUGGCCGACGCCUGCAGGAGGACAUACAGAAAGACACUAAAGGAGAUUACCAGCAGAUCCUGCUGGGAUUGUGUGGACCUCACUGAAGAUCUGAACCCAUCACUUGGACAUCCAAAAACUUUGCAUCAAUUAAAAACCCAACAUACUAUCUUAACAUCUUGUGAAUCUCGCUAUUCUGUUGAUGUAUCAAUAAAGUGCUAUCCCAAAACAUCUAGUUUCUAACCAGAUCAAUAGACAAAAGAACCAAUUAAAAAUUCUUGAGUAAAAAGGGGACAAGAAAAUUCUCCAUUGAUUGGUAAAAAUGGAGCAUAUGAAUGUUUUUCUCAAGAUCCCAAACUGUUAAGUCACACCUGAGCUACGUGCUGAGCUAAAGCAAAGUAGAUAAAAUGAAGGUAUCCAAAAAUAGUUUAUAUUCAUAUUUCUAUAUUUUGUAAUAUUGCUCUGACAUUCUUCUACAUCUAAAUAAAACCUGAGACCCUGUG